CUUUCUCUAUCGAGACGAAUGUUUUUGUUCAUCGAUAUGUGUUGAAAGAGUUUGUUCAUUGACUCAAUAAAAAAAAGCCUUCAACGAUCAUCGAUCCAUCACCAACCUAUUUGAUCACUUUCCAAUUGAGAUUACAACUUCCAAUCCCUGAAAAUAUUGUUCAACUCAGCGGCUCGAACCGUCACGUUUGCUUGACCGAGUGUCAUGUGUUGACAGUGAAUUUCAUGGAAAAUGCAAACGAUGUCUGCAAUCUUGAGGGUGAUGGAGAUGGAAGGAACAGUACGUGUUGUACUUCGUCGACAUCUUGUAGCUCGUCGUACCGAUUAUUCGGUCGACGAACUACGAUUCACCAGAUGAUGGGUGGUGGUAAAGCUGCUGAUGUUAUAUUGUGGAAGCGGCGGCGUGUUUCAUGUGGCAUCGUUGUUGUUGCUACAGUUGCGUGGAUCCUAUUUGAGCGGUCAGGAUUGUCAUUCUUAUCAGUUUGUUCCGACGUCUUACUGAUUUUGAUUGUAUUGUUGUUUUCCCGGGCCAACUAUGCUGCUUUUAGAAAUGAACAACUUCAAACAUUACCUGAACUAGUCUUGUCAGAAGAAAUGGUCAAUAAUGCUGCAGCAUCUUUUCGUGUCAAAAUUAAUUAUGUUCUGCUUAUGGCUCAUGAUAUCACCCGUGGCAAAGACUUCAGACUAUUUUUUAAGGUGGUGGUCUGUCUGUGGCUCUUGUCUGUCAUUGGUACUGUAGUUUCUUUCUGCACGCUUGCCUAUAUUGGAGUCCUUUUAUCUGUCACUCUUCCCGCCCUGUACAACAGAUAUGAAGAGCAUGUUGAUCGGUAUGCUGGUUUGAUCCACCGAAAAUUUUCGAAACACUAUAAGAUAGUGGAUGAAAGUGUUAUUGGCAGAAUCCCACGGAGUUUAGCCAAGGAAAAAGAUUUGUGAACCAGAUGUCCUGCCUACGGAUCUCAACUUCGUGUGCAAUGCGCUACUUCAUCUUGCCUUUUUCAUUAAAACUGAAAGGGUGAUCUCCCCUGGUUUGUUAUGGAAUAAGAUGGUCCUGCUUGUACAAACAGGGUCAUUGUGAAGAUUGAGUGGCCUGCUGUUUCUGAGUUGUUAUCUACUUCUGAAGGUCCUACCGUGUUUGUUUCAAGUAUCAUAUAGUUGGUUGUUUUUCAAAUUUUGCUAUUUGUCGAGGAAGAAAGAAAUAUGAGCCAGCAUUGCAAUGGUACGACGCCAAACAUGAUACGACAUAAUUUGAGAUUGUUAAACAUUGCACAAUGUUUGAUUAUGCAUGGGUUUUGCAAUGUGAAUCCUUGUGUUGACAGUGUUGUGAUCUGGUAAUGAGAAUUUCUGUGCUUUUGAAA